AUGCGUUUGCGAGUGCGCGGGCCAUCAGGCCAGUCAACGGUUACUCUGAACGAGUCGGCGACCAUUCAAGACCUAUGUGCACAUAUCGCCGAGAAAACGGGCCUCGCCUCCUUCGAUGUCAAAUAUGGAUACCCUGACCUGAAAACUUUACAACUGGACGACUACAAACCCGAUCAGCAAUUGGCAGAAACAGGUGUCAAUCUGAAUGGGGAGCAGUUGAUCAUUGCUGCACGACAAUCAGUUGCCGCACAAGAGGUCGCGAUUCCGGUGGUCCAGCCCAGCGCAGGCUUAAGUUCUCAAACCCGCUCAUCGCCAGCUCGAUCACAACCCUCAAAUGCGCGGAAGCCAUCAAACACAGCCGACGACCCUCCGGAGAUUCCAUCUCCAGAGCAUGGCGGCACGUUCGUGCUGCGUGUCAUGCCCGACGACAACUCGUGUUUGUUCCGUGCGGUGGGAGCUGCUGUCAUGGGCGACAUGGACACCAUGGUUGAGCUUCGAUCCAUCGUCGCGGCGUCAAUUCAGUCAAAUCCGACAGAAUACACAGCUGCCAUCCUGGGUAAACAGCCCGACGACUACUGCCAGUGGAUCCAGACGGAGAGCUCAUGGGGAGGUGCCAUCGAACUUAAGAUUUUGAGCGAAUACUUCAAUCUCGAAAUCUGUUCUAUUGACGUGCAGACUCUCAACAUGUUUCAGUUCAAUGAAGGUGCGCCGACUCGUUGCAUAGUGGUCUACUCCGGUAUUCACUACGACGUCCUCGCACUGUGCCCUUCUGAUCCACCUCAUACUCGAGCUGAUUUGUUCGCGCCUGACGAUACCAAGAUCUUUGAUGCAGCGGACCCUGUAGUCUUGGAAAAGGCAAAGGAGCUGUGUCGUGUGCUGCAGAGCAAACAUUACUACACGGAUACGGCAGGCUUCCAGGUCCGUUGCAAUAUUUGUGGUGGCACUUUCACUGGAGAAAGAGGAGCUACUAAACAUGCGAUGGAAACUGGUCAUACCGAUUUUGGCGAAGCAUCCUAG